UCUGCUCAGUCUUUCGAAAAGGAAAGUACACUACCUGAAAAUACACAGAGUGAUGAAAUAGUCAUUGAAGAAUUUGGAUCCUCUGCUGAGAUCACUCAAAUGACAGCAGCAAAUGAAGAAAAUAGAUCGGAUAACCAGGAAGUAGAAGAGAUACCGAUCAUAACCUCUAAAAGAUUAGCCUCUAGCAUAGAUCCUUAUGCUGGUUAUAGCUUAGCAAAUAGAAAACGACGAAAGAAGAAUAGAAACAACAAAAAGAAUAAAAAAAUAAUAAUCAAGUUAAGGAAUACAAUGGUGUAGUCGUUUCUUAUGAUGAAGGUACAAUUUGUGAAGAUAUGAAGAAAUAUUAUUUUCAACGAUAUAAUUAUUUUUCUAAAUUCGACCAAGGCAUUUUAAUGGAUAAAGAGGGCUGGUUUUCAGUUACACCAGAAAAAAUAGCUCAACAUAUCGCUACACGAUGUCAAACAGACAUUAUUAUUGAUGCAUUCUGUGGAUGUGGAGGAAAUGCGAUUCAGUUUGCAUUGACUUGUAGACAAGUGAUUGCUAUUGAUUUGGAUCCAGUUAAGCUUCACUGUGCACGUGAAAAUGCAAAGAUUUAUGGUGUUGCUGAUAGAAUCGAAUUUAUUCUAGGGGAUUUCUUUAAAUUAGCACCUACAUUAAAAGCAGAUGUCAUCUUUCUAUCGCCACCUUGGGGUGGGCCAGCUUAUAUGAAUCAAGAAGUUUAUAAUCUAAAAUCAAUGAUACCCGGUGAUGGUUUUAAAAUUCAUCAAAUCGCCUCGCAGAUUACACCUAAUAUAGCUUAUUUUGUGCCUAGAAACACAAAUCCUCAGCAACUGGCUCAAUUAGCAGGUCCCGGAAAGACAUGUGAAAUUGAACAAAAUGCUUUAAAUGGGAAAGUGAAAGCCCUAACAGUUUACUAUGGAGACUUAAUUGAUGUAAAUAAGUUAAAAAGUAUUGAAGCUGAAAUUGCUGAAGAAGAGUUAGUUCAGCAAAUUAUGCAGUAUUAGUUUCUGUAAAUGUAUGUGAAUAAACAAAAAAAAAAAAAAAAAGUAAAGCUA